AUAUUCUUUUAUUCAUUCUCUCUACAAUAACUUCAAACAAAAAGGAGUAUGAAUCUAAUGACACUUUGGCUGGAUCCUGACGUGGUUGGUUUCAUAUCAGCUACCUUUACCAUCUGCCUCUCCUCAACUGGGAUAUGGACCUGUUGGUGUAUAAUUUCAGAGAAAAGUGUUGGGACUCGUAGCUAUCUGCCAUUUCUCGCUGGAGCUCUUAUGUCCUCCCUCUGGUUGCUCUAUGGUAUUGUAGUGAAUGAUAAUCCAAUGAUAUUUGUUAAUUUCAUUGGUUCAGUCCUUCAGUCAAUAUAUUUUAUCAUAUUCUACCUAUUCACUAAUGAUAAA